AUGUCAUACCUGACUCGGGCAUCAGCUCCCUUGCGGAGUGCUGGAAGAACAGUUUCUAUCAGGUCAACUGCGGCCAUCCACACCUCGUCGGCACGUUUGGCUUUGAGUGAAGACCAUGCUCACAACGAAGAACGAGCUGCCGACAUUGAACGCCACAAAUCCGACAGCGUCGAGAAAGCCAAGACUGGUCGAGGGGAAUGGAAGCCCGAGCUGGCCUCUCAAAGCGAACAGGCCACACGUGGUGACAAACAUAACCUGACAAUGGAGCAAAUGCAAAAGUUGGCCAAGGAGAAGGGCGAGCAGGAGGGAAAAGCCAAAUAA